AGGCGCGCGCGGGCGCGCUACAGCGGGGGCGCGCCCUCCUCCCGCAGCCUCCUCCCCAGCUCCCUUUCCGUUCCGCCAGUCUCCGAGCGCCUCUGUUGCUGCUGCGCCCGCCUCGAAGUUUGGCCGGCAGCUCUGGCUCCCUAGGCAGCCGCCGCCGCCGCCGGCCGCGCCAGCAAGCAACGCCGCUCUCUCGGAGCCGCCGCCGCCGCCGAGCCCGCCUCUCUGCUUAGCCGCUUUGUUCCUCUCGCUCCCCCUCAGCCCCUGAAGAGCCGGACGCCCGCGCCGUUGCAUGCUGAAAGUCACCAUGCCCUCGUCGUCGUCGUCUUCGUCGUCGCCCUCCUCCGCCCCCACCACGUCCACCGCCGUCGCCUCUGCCCCGACCUCGGGCCGGGCUGGGGGCGUCCCUGCCUCCGGAGCCACCGCCACCGUCGUCCCGGACUACUGGAUCGACGGCUCCAACAGAGACACCUUGGCCGACUAUUACGACCUGGAGUCGGAGCUGGGACGGGGUGCAACAUCUGUUGUCUACAGAUGCAGGCAGAAGGGAACACAAAAGCCAUUUGCUGUCAAAAUCUUGCAGAAAACUGUAGACAAGAAGAUUGUCCGAACAGAAAUAGGCGUUCUACUUCGGCUUUCACAUCCAAAUAUUAUAAGACUGAAGGAGAUAUUUGAAACCCCCACAGAAAUCAGCCUUGUCUUGGAGCUGGUCACAGGAGGAGAACUGUUUGACAGGAUUGUGGAAAAGGGAUAUUACAGUGAACGAGAUGCUGCGGGUGCCGUCAAGCAAAUCCUGGAGGCAGUUGCUUAUCUACAUGCCAAUGGAAUUGUUCACCGUGAUUUGAAACCAGAAAAUCUACUGUAUGCAACGCCAGCUCCAGAUGCAUCUUUAAAAAUAGCUGAUUUUGGACUUUCCAAGAUUGUUGCAGAUCAAGUGACCAUGAAAACAGUCUGUGGGACUCCAGGGUACUGUGCACCCGAAAUACUGCGAGGCUGCGCCUAUGGCCCAGAAGUGGACAUGUGGUCCUUGGGAAUAAUCACUUACAUCCUGCUCUGUGGUUUUGAGCCGUUCUACGACGAAAGAGGAGACCAGUACAUGUUCAAAAGGAUCCUGAAUUGUGAAUAUGAUUUUGUUUCCCCCUGGUGGGAUGAUGUGUCUCUAAAUGCCAAGGAUUUGGUUAAGAAGUUAAUUGUGCUUGACCCCAAGAAACGUCUCACCACAUUUCAAGCCUUACAACACCCUUGGGUCACAGGCAAGGCAGCCAAUUUCGCUCAUAUGGAUACAGCCCAAAAGAAACUCCAAGAAUUCAAUGCUCGACGUAAACUUAAGGCUGCAGUGAAAGCUGUUGUUGCAUCAACUCGUCUUGGGAGUGCAAGCUGCCACAGCACCCACGACAGCAAUAAGCCCAGCCAAAGGCAGUCUCUGCGCCCAGAAAUAGAGGACACCGUGGAGGGAAAAGAAGAAGUAGUAGUAGUGGAAGAAGAAGAAGCAAACUUCACUGAAUCUCAUGAAGAGGACGCUCAUGAAGAAGCAACUGAAGGAGCAACUGAAGGAGCAACUGAAGGAGAGUCUUAAAUCUUGGGGUAUCUUAUUCCAGCCAAGUUCUGUCAUUCCGUGCACUAGCCAAGAUACCAUAACAGAAACAAAUUAAAAGCAUGGCUACUCUGAGUGGCUUUGCCUUGGGAUGGAAAAUGCUCUCGCUGGUGACCUGAACUUCAAAAUGCAUGUGACUGCUUCCGAUAAAAAUAAAUAGUUCACAGUCUUUUAAUGGCAUGCCAUGGAUAAAGUGAUAUUUACAGUAAUACCAACGAAUGAAGUGGAGAGCAGGGAACACUCCUUAUUACCAACAUGUAUAUCUCAUGUAGAGUGUUUAUAGAUAACCUCUGAAGUGAAUGAUGAUUAUGGCUUAUUAUACAAGAUUUUCUAGAGAUCUUGACAUUUCUUCAAUCUGCUUCUUUUCAAACUCAUAAUCACCCAGUAGAUCAACGGGCGCUAAGACCCACCAAGUGUUUUUUAAAUGGCAUAUGAAAUAUUUUGCAUUCAUCCGUGAUAAUUUACAAACUGUUUACAACUGAGAACUUAAAUAUUUAUAUGCAAAAAACAAAAACAUUCCACUGAAUCCUGUGAAAGAUUUAUUUGAAUGGCUAUGAAACUAUGUUCCUUAAGAAUGCCUUACCUCUAUAAGUAACCAUUUCUGUACAGUAUUUUGAUGAUAACUAGAAUAUCUUUAGACUUCUGUCACAUUACUAUCUAGUAUUAUUUUUACAAAACAGUGUUAAGGAUAGUACUCAAACAGAGCAGGUAUGUGUGCCAUUGUUAAGGUACAAUUGGAAUUAGUCAUGACUAUGAAACUGUGCACCUGUUUAUACAGAGAGGGAUUCUGCAAUUAAUGUCCUGCAAGAACAAUAUUCAACAACAUGAUACUUUUGCUUUAGGAUACCAAUCAAGGUACUUGCCAUGAGCAGCAAUAGAAAUGCUUGCAUGAUUAGAGAUACAUGAGAAUUGUGUAGCCAGUUGUUGUUUUCAUUUUGUUUAAUCCGUCAGUGUAGACUUGAUCUAUAUAAGUGUGCCAGUAAAGAAGAGGUUAAGGUUAGGAUAGGACGCUGUCACUGCAAAAAAGAAAGAAAAUGUUCUGUUCAGGCACUCUGCCAGGUGUAACCUAUGCGAGUUGAAAAAUAAGCAGAAUGGAUAGCAUUUGCAAUAUAUUUUGUAGCACCUGAAUUUCUUAACAUAUAGAUAAAAAUGAUACAAAGAAAUUAGCAUGCAACAAUUAACUUUUAGUGCAAUCCUAUACUCAGAAGUAUGUAUGCCCCACAGAGUUCAGUGGAGCUUACUCACAGGUAAGUCAGUGUAGCACUGCAGUCUCUGUUGCUUUUCAGGAACACAGCCAAUACCCCAAUACGUUAGUUAUUUCUUGCAUUCUUUUUUCUUUGCCUUUGAAAUAGUAUUAUCUUGCAGAGAAACAAGAAUCGGUUAAACUACGGAAACCAAGAGGAUGCACAUGUUUUGUGUCUUCUGUUCUAUUGUAGUUAGAAAGGUAAUUAAAUAAUAUUUCUAUGAGACUUGGUAAAUUAAAACAACUCUGAUAACGACAGAACAGAAUGCUGAGUUAGUUUUUUGCAGUGAAAGUUUCCUAUAUGACUUUUGAAAGCUGCCAUGAUAUUUCAACCCAUUUAUAAAUGGAUAGAUCUUACAUGAAAAAUAUUUGUUUUGCACAUGGAAUCAUUGUGCCCAAGCACACGAACUGAUUCCAAGAUGUUGUUCUUGGAAAGUGUUUGCCUGUCUGGCAAAAGGAAGAAUUCGAAGUGUUUAGCUAGAAAAGCACAGCACAAUCCAAAGCAGUUCGCAGGUGGGGCUAGUUCUUUUUCUUCUGUGAAGAGGAAUGCUCUGGACUUGCAUGGAGAUUGCCCACUGCAUGCAAUAUGAGUUGAUAUAGAAGAGGGCUAUAUCACAUGGCCCCUUUACAUGUGAAGUUCUGUGCACACAUCAGAAGUGCCAGAUCACAACUUCUGCGUACAAUCAGCUGCAUAUCUGCUUGAAAGGAAUCAAGGGCUGCUUUCUCAGCUGCACACUGUGACUUGCAUUAUGUGUUCUGGGUACUGAGCCUGAAGUUGGAAGCAGGUUAUUGCUGCCAGGAAAACAGAAUUGUUUUUAAAUCCAGCCAUUCGGGAAACACAGGGUACAUGCAGUGAUUUCCUAGCUUCUUAUACAAUUGCUUCAGAAAUUCUUCCAGAAAACUAGUCUCUCUCUCUUUCUCUCUCUCUCUCUUAGCAUAUUAUCAAAAGUCUGGAAGCUACUCGUGCUGUGAACCACAUAAAAUAUAUUUUUAAAAAUCAGCAUCUUGGUGGCAACGAGGUCUGGGGACAAUCAAAACACCUAAAGGUUCAAAAUUCGGUCCAGAACCUUCAUCUAUACAGUGGUCCCUGGACUUACGAACUUAAUUCGUUCCGAAUGCACAUUUGUAGGUCAAAAAGUUCGUAAGUCGAAAAGCGGUUUCCCAUAGGAAAAAAAUAUUUGGAAAAAUUCGUAAGUCGAAAAAACUGCAUGUAAAAUUUUGUAAGUCGAAAAAAACACAUUUAAAUCCGCCAACGGUUUCCGUUCGGAUGUAGAAAUAUUCGUAAGCGUGGGGCCAUUUGUCCCAUUCGUAAGUCGAAACCUACGGAUGUCGAGUAAUUCAUAAGUCGAGGGACCACUGUACUUAUUCUAGAUACAUUUGAUUUGGUGUGUAAAUCUGAUCACGACAAGCACUUGAUCAGGUAUGUGAAAAUUAUCUGUGCUCUUGGGAAACCAAGAUUCCACACUGCAUUGGUGCUACCCAUUUUCUGCGGCAAUUUUUUGCAAACAGGGCAAAUCAAGGGUGUGUUAUAUCUGAUUCUGUAUGGGUCAUGGAAAUUCCAGUUUAUAAGAGUCUUUUAGCUCAAUCUUACGUAUACUUAUUCAAAAGUAAGCUCUGUGGAAUUCAGUGGGACAUUCUCCCGGAUCAGUGUGCAUAAGGUUGCAGCCUUAAAAUGUGACAUUGAUUCUGUGGUUGCCUAAGGAAUAGCAUUACCAUUUCACAUAAUGGUAUGAAAGCAGCUUACUGUGACAGGGGAGGAAAAUGAGGUGUAGACUAACAUUGAAUACAUGCUAUUGGUAAAGUUAAUUAGACACUGGUAUUAUUAUUAUUCUGAUAGGUGAGACAAGAUUAGGGUCUAGUAUAGCAAGUACUAUUAUAAAAUUAUUUCACAGAAUUAUGUUUCUCGUGAGUGCUACGUCAACAGUUCCUGGUUGCAGAACAGCAACAAAUCAAUCAAAUGACUUAAGUUGGUUUUAAGUCUCUGUUCAGCCAGGCUACACCCAUGGUUAAUGCAUGUCAAGGCUAAUAAUAGGGGAUGAACGGGACCUGCAAUUAAAUGUUGCAGUGUGGCUUGCUCCUGCUCAGGUUUCCAGCCACUUCAUUGUAUUCCCCCUUCCCACCUGGUUUCCCAUUUUUUCUCUUAACAGCCAGAGAGCAUCCCAUGCCUUCUGAGCAUACUUAGCCCUCCAUAGGCUUGGGGGGAUUUUUUUGCCCUAAAUAUUUUUGUACUCCUGCAGACCUUGAGGACAUAGGGUUCCCUCAAGCAGCGCAACUGUUCCUGCUGAUCCUACUGCUGCAUUUUCAUGUGAGUAGCUGUAUAUAAUUUCCACUGCUCAGUCACUGCGGUGUCUCUUA